CCCAGGAGUGGGACAAUGCAAAGUAGCCCCUCUCCUGCCCACCCUCAACUUCCAGUUCUUCAGACAGAGAUGGUAUCAGACAGCAUGACAGGAAGCAACCCUGUUUCCCCAGCCUCAACUGACUCCCCAGCCUCCAGUGGGGCAGGUGGCAUCUCUCCUCAACACCUGGCCCAGGAUUCCUCCUUGGAUGGGCCUCCUGGUCCCACUGAUGUCUCCUCUGUCCCACUGGUUGGACUUGGCUUAUCCCAUCCUGCUGAUCCAGCCAGUAAGGGUCCUAAGUGGGAGAAAAGCCAUGCUGAGAUUGCUGAACAGGCCAAGCAUGAAGCAGAGAUAGAAACACGAAUUGCAGAGCUUCGCAAAGAAGGCUUCUGGUCACUAAGGCGACUGCCCAAGGUUCCCGAACCAGCCCGACCCAAGGGUCAUUGGGACUACCUUUGUGAAGAAAUGCAGUGGCUCUCUGCUGACUUUGCUCAGGAACGCCGAUGGAAACGGGGUGUGGCUCGUAAGGUAGUACGGAUGGUAAUUCGUCAUCAUGAGGAGCAGCGGCAGAAGGAAGAACGGGCUAAGCGGGAAGAGCAGGCCAAAUUACGAAGAAUUGCCUCAUCCAUUGCCAAGGAAGUGAAGCAGUUCUGGAGCAAUGUGGAAAAGGUGGUGCAGUUCAAACAGCAGUCUCGAUUAGAGGAAAAGCGAAAAAAAGCCCUAGACCUUCAACUUGAUUUCAUUGUGGGCCAAACGGAGAAGUAUUCUGAUCUGUUGAGCCAGAGCCUCAAUCAGCCCCUUGCCCCAACCCCAAGCAAAGCUGGCUCUUCCCCUGGCCUUGGUUCUUCUCACACUGGUUCAGCUGCUUCUAGUCCCCCACCUCCUGUCCUCCCCCAGCUUGAUGAUGAAGAUGGGGACUUUCAGCCACAAGAAGAAGAAGAAGAUGAUGAAGAGACAAUUGAGGUUGAGGAGCAACAAGAGGGCAAUGAUGCAGAGACACAGAGGCGUGAGAUUGAACUUCUUCGUCGUGAGGGAGAGCUGCCUUUGGAAGAGCUACUACGUUCUUUGCCCCCCCAGCUGCUGGUUGCACCCUCCAGUCCCACCCAGGUCCCUUCAUCAAGUGAUGGUGAUUCCCAAGAAGUUCUGGAGGAGGAUGGUGAAGAAGAGGAACCUUCCCAGGGCAUGAAGCACCCAACAACUGUCACUCAUCGUAACAAGCAGCUAUGGCAUCCUGAUGAAGAAGAUGAGGAGUUCAGGGCUGAUGAAGAUGAAGCGGAGGAUGAAGAAGAUACAAUAGCAGCUGAGGAACAACUGGCAGGGGAGGUAGACCAUGCCACAGAACUCAGUGAAUUGGCCCGAGAAGGAGAACUUUCAGUGGAGGAGCUGCUACAGCAGUAUGCAGGGGCCUAUGCUUCAGAUGCUUCAGUCCCAGGCUCAGGGAGCAGUGAAGAUGAUGAAGAUGAAGACAAUGCUACCAGCUCUGAAUGUGAACAAGAUCAGGAAGAGGAAAGGCAUCCCCAUGAGGAUAGUAGCAGUCAAUCUGAAGCUGAGGAACCAAUUGAGGAGGAAGAAGAAAAUGUUUCAGAGGAGGAAGAGGCAAGUGAGAAUUCAGACUCGGAGGAAUCAGAGUCAGAAGUAUCUGAGCAGUCUGAGGAGGCCCAGCCUAGAAACAGAGCAGAUGAAGAAGAAGAAGAGGAAGAUGAUGACUUUGGAGUAGAGUAUCUUCUGGCCCAGGAUGAAGAAGGGAGUGAAGUCAAGGGAGACAGUGGCCCUGCUGCCCCAGGGCCCCCUCCAUCAUUGGGCCCUAAGAAGGAAAUAACUGAUAUUGCUGCUGCUGCUGAGAGCCUCCAACCCAAGGGCUAUACCCUGGCUACCACCCAGGUGAAGACUCCAAUCCCCCUGUUGCUUCGGGGCCAGCUUCGUGAGUACCAACAUAUUGGGCUGGAUUGGCUGGUCACUAUGUAUGAGAAGAAACUCAAUGGCAUCCUUGCUGAUGAGAUGGGGCUAGGGAAGACGAUCCAGACAAUCUCCCUGCUGGCACACUUGGCCUGCGAGAAGGGUAAUUGGGGGCCCCACUUGAUCAUUGUCCCCACCAGUGUGAUGUUGAACUGGGAGAUGGAACUAAAGCGUUGGUGCCCCAGCUUUAAAAUUCUUACUUACUAUGGAGCUCAAAAAGAAAGGAAGCUCAAGCGGCAGGGCUGGACUAAGCCCAAUGCCUUCCAUGUUUGUAUUACAUCUUACAAGCUGGUGCUGCAGGACCACCAGGCCUUCCGCCGAAAGAACUGGCGAUACCUCAUCUUAGAUGAGGCACAAAAUAUCAAGAACUUCAAGUCUCAGCGAUGGCAGUCGCUACUUAACUUCAACAGUCAGCGCCGUCUGCUCUUGACAGGGACACCAUUGCAGAAUAGCCUCAUGGAAUUGUGGUCCCUGAUGCACUUCCUGAUGCCCCACGUCUUCCAGUCCCACCGAGAGUUUAAGGAAUGGUUUUCUAAUCCCUUGACUGGCAUGAUUGAAGGCAGUCAGGAGUACAAUGAGGGACUAGUCAAACGACUACACAAGGUCCUUCGCCCCUUCUUACUGCGCCGGGUUAAGGUGGAUGUUGAAAAGCAGAUGCCUAAAAAAUAUGAACAUGUGAUCCGUUGCCGUCUAUCAAAGCGGCAGCGCUGUCUUUAUGAUGACUUCAUGGCACAGGCUACUACCAAGGAGACACUCGCCACUGGUCACUUCAUGAGUGUCAUUAACAUCUUAAUGCAGUUACGUAAAGUCUGCAACCAUCCAAAUUUGUUUGAUCCACGGCCUGUGACGUCUCCUUUCAUCACUCCUGGCAUCUGCUUUAGCACUGCUUCACUGGUGCUUCAGGCCACAGACACCCAUCCCCUGCAACGGGUGGACAUGGGCCGUUUUGACCUGAUUGGACUGGAGGGCCGAGUAUCUCGUUAUGAGGCUGACACAUUUCUGCCCCGGCAUCGCCUCUCUCGCCGGGUACUACUGGAGGUGGCCACUGCUCCGGAUCCCCCUCCCCGUCCCAAGCCUGUCAAGAUGAAAGUUAACAGGAUGCUGCAGCCAGUGCCAAAGCCAGAAGGCCGGACAGUAGUUGUGGUGAACAGCCCACGGACACCCUUGAGCCCUGCCCCAGCCCGACCUCCUCCAGGCCCUGAGCACUCAGCCCAGCUUACCCCUGGCCCAACCCCUCCAGUGCUGCCAGCCCCACUACUGGUGUCAUCCUCAUCCCCUGGGGCUCCGCUUAGCCCAACAUCCCGGCCCCCUGGCCCAGUCCUGCUACCCCCUCUGCAGCCAAACAGUGGUCCCCUCCCCCAGGUGCUGCCACCCCCUCUGGGGGUUCUGGGUGGAACCCCAAGGCCCCCCACCCCAGCCUUGCCCUUGAAGCCAUCUCCACCUGCCCCAGUACGCCUGAGCCCCUCUGCUCCACCUGGUUCAUCCAGCCUGUUAAAGCCCCUGACGGUGCCACCUGGCUAUGCCUUCCCAGCUGCAGCUCCUCCAACCCCGGGCCCUCAGCGCCUCAUCCUCUCCCCUGACAUGCAAGCACGCCUGCCCUCUGGUGAGGUGGUGAGCAUUGGGCAGUUGGCCUCCUUAGCACAGCGGCCAGUGGCCAGUACAGGGGGCAGUAAACCCCUCACCUUCCAGAUCCAGGGCAACAAAUUGACUUUGACUGGUGCCCAGGUGCGCCAACUUGCUGUGGGGCAGCCCCGCCCGCUGCAAAGGAACGUGGUGCACCUGGUGUCAGCAGGGGGGCAGCACCAAAUCAUCAGCCAGCCUGCCCAUGUGGCUCUCAUCCAGGCAGUGGCCCCGACCCCUGGCCCUACCCCUGUCUCUGUGCUGCCUUCUUCGACCCCCAGCACCACCCCUGCCCCUACUGGUCUCAGCCUCCCGCUUGCUGCCAACCAGGUGCCCCCAGCCAUGGUGAACAGCUCAGGAGUGGUGAAGAUUGUAGUUCGACAGGCCCCUAGAGAUGGAUUGGGUCCUUCACCCCAGCUGGCCCCACCACCCCGGCCUUCCAGCUCUGGACUUCCAGCACUACUGACCCCAAGACCUGCACUUCCCUCUGGCCGGCUACCUACCCCUACACUAGGCCCUGCCCGUGGUCCUCUGCCCACACUGGUCAGGCCCCUGCUCAGGCUAUUGCAUAGUCCCCCACCAGAGACAACUGCCUCAGUUCCUGGCUCUGCUCCUGUCCCCAUCUCUUCAUCACCCCUUUCAGUCUCAACUUCACUUCCUGGCUCAAGCUCAUCUCCUCUCUCUAGUCCCAUCUUGUCUCCACUUCCCAUCCCAGUCUCAUCUUCACUUACUGGUCCUGGCUCAUCUCCCAUCCCCAUUUCAGGUUCCACUUCACUCCCUAUUUCAAUUUCAACUCCACUUCCCAACCCUAACUCAUCUCCACUCCCUGUCUUAGCUCCACUUCCUGUUUCAGUGUCAACCCCAUCUCUCUUGCCUCCUGUGGCUUCUGCUGUCUCAACAUCUGCUUCAGCCCAGUCACCAUUAGGAGUUGCUUCAUCAGCUCCAGCCUUGACACUGGGCCUAAGUACAACUCCUUCACCUGCAGCAGCCCAGGCUCCAGUCCACCCUCUAACUCUGACAUCAGCUUCUACAAAUGUACAAAGUCCUAACCUGACUGGAGCUUCAGCACCGGCACCAGUCCUGGUUCCUGCUUCAGCUUUGGCCUCCCCUGUUCCAACAAUAUCAGCCCCAUCUUCAACUCAGGCUCCCAUCCUGACUCCAUCAUCUACAGCACCUCAGGCUCUGACUUCUUCACUGACUCCAGGGCCAGUUCCACCAACGGCAAUCCUGGCUUCAUCUCCACUUCCAUCACCAGUUCCCAUUCCAGUCCUGGCUCCAUCACCAGGCCCUACUCCUGUUUUGGUUCCAUCACCGACUCCGGUUCCAGUCUUAGCUCCAUCAUCAGUUCCAGUAUCCACCUUUGCUUCGACUUCUUCAUUGGUGCCAGCCCCAACUCCAGUCCUGGCCCCAUCAUCAACUCAGACUCUGGUACCAGCUAUAGUCCCAACACCUUCAAUAGGUCCACCUUCUACCCAGACACUAACCCUAGCUCCAGCUUUAGCACCACCACUUAGCGGUCCAACUCCAGUUCAGACCCUCUCACUGGCUCCUACAACACCACUGGGUCCAUCUCCAGCUCAGACACUUUCAUUGGCUCCUGCAACUCCUUUGGGUCCAUCUCCAGCUCAGACGCUUGCUUUGGCUCCAACUUCCCCCUUGGGUCCGACUCAGACUCUUUCUCUGGCCCCAAUACCUUCAUUGGGUCCGGCUCAGGCACUCUCUAUGGCACCUACACCAGCUUUGGGUCCAUCUCCAGCUCAGACUCUAUCUCUGGCUCCAGCUUCCCCCUUGGGAUCACCUCCAACUCAUGCACUGACUUUGGCUCCCGCUCAGACACUGAACCUGACCCCAGCCCCAGUUCAAGUGCCCUCUCUGGGCCCAACUCCAGCACAGACACUGACCCUGGCUCCAGCACAGACAAUAUCUUCGGCCCCUCUACCAUCUUCCCUCCUGGCUCCAGCUUCAGGCCCAGCUCCCUCACAAGUUACCAUGGUUUCUCGAUUACCUGCUCCCAAGGAUGAGCCUGAAACUCUGACUCUGCGUUCAGGCCCCCCUAGCCCUCCCCUUCCGGCUACCUCGUUCUGUGGAGUCCGGCCCCGACGCCAGCCACCUCCACCACCCCGUUCCCCCUUCUAUCUGGACACUUUGGAGGAAAAACGGAAGCGACAACGGGCAGAACGCCUAGAACGGCUCUUUCAACUAAGUGAGGCCCAUGGAGCAUUGGCACCUGUAUAUGGGACUGAGGUGCUACAGUUCUGUUCCUUGCACCAACCCCUGGCUAGCCCAGUUGGACCCCCUGUCCCUGGCCCCAGCCAUCCUGCCUUUUGGACUUUUACUGAGGCUGCCCACCAGGCUGUGUUGUUUCCCCAGCAGCGGCUUGACCAACUGGCAGAAAUCAUUGAGAGGUUCAUCUUUGUCAUGCCUCCUGUGGAGGCUCCAGCCCCAUCCCUGCAUGCCUGCCACCCACCUCCUUGGUUGGCUCCACGCCAUGCAGCCUUCAAGGAGCACUUGGCUUGUGAACUUUGGCCCCGGGCUCGGCCGCUACACCGUAUAGUCUGUAACAUGCGAACCCAGUUCCCUGACCUUCGGCUUAUACAAUAUGACUGUGGAAAGCUGCAGACACUUGCAGUGUUGCUAAGGCGGCUCAAGGCUGGGGCACACCGGGUGCUCAUCUUCACCCAGAUGACUCGAAUGUUGGACGUGUUGGAGCAGUUCCUUACCUACCAUGGCCACCUCUACCUACGGCUGGAUGGUUCCACACGUGUUGAACAAAGACAGGCUUUGAUGGAGCGGUUCAAUGCAGACAAAAGAAUUUUUUGCUUCAUACUGUCAACACGGAGUGGGGGUGUGGGUGUGAACCUGACUGGGGCAGACACAGUCAUCUUCUAUGACAGUGAUUGGAACCCCACCAUGGAUGCACAAGCCCAGGACCGCUGCCACCGCAUUGGCCAGACCAGAGAUGUGCAUAUCUACAGGCUUAUCAGUGAACGAACUGUGGAGGAGAACAUCCUAAAGAAGGCCAAUCAAAAGCGAAUGCUGGGGGAUAUGGCCAUAGAGGGUGGCAAUUUCACCACAGCCUAUUUUAAACAGCAGACAAUUCGUGAGUUAUUUGAUAUGCCCUUGGAAGAGCCAGCUGUCCCUGUCCCGCCUGUGCCUUCUGCCCCUGAGGAAGAGGAAGAAGCUGUGGCCAACAAGCAGACCCACAUUUUGGAACAGGCACUAUGCCGGGCAGAGGAUGAAGAAGAUAUCCGUGCAGCCACCCAAGCCAAGGCAGAGCAGGUGGCAGAGCUUGCAGAGUUCAAUGAGAAUGAAGGUUUUCCCACUGGAGAGGGAGAGGAGAGUGGUCGGCCUGGGGCUGAAGAUGAAGAGGUAUCCAGAGCUGAGCAAGAGAUUGCUGCCCUUGUGGAACAGCUGACACCUAUUGAGCGCUAUGCUAUGAACUUUUUGGAGGCAUCGCUGGAGGAUGUGAGCCGUGAGGAGUUGAAGCAGGCAGAAGAACAAGUAGAGGCUGCACGAAAAGACCUAGACCAAGCUAAGGAAGAAGUAUUUCGUCUACCCCGUGAGGAGGAAGUUGGGACAGGAGCUGGAGAUGAAAUGGCCUGUGGGACUGGUGGAGGCAGCCAUCGCCGUAGUAAGAAAGCCAAGGCCCCUGAGCGUCCAGGAACCCGGGUCAGUGAAAGGCUUCGUGGAGCCCGGCCUGAGACUCCAGUGGCAAAUUCUGCUGCUACCCCACCUGCUCAUCACACUCGUAGUAAUUCCACUGCUCCUCGUCAUAGUCGAAGCCCUGCCAAUGAGAGAGCCCCACGGGCUACCUCACGACCCCGGAUCAUUUCAGUUCCAGCUCCUGUCUCCACAUCAUCUCCUGCCACUCCCCCAGUACCCCUUAGUACCCUGCCAGUUUCCACUUCUCCACCAAUCCCCAACCUACCACUAACCUUGAGACCUGAGAUAGAAUCAUCAACCCAGUUGGAGCCACUCCCUCAGUCACUGGAGCCUAAGUAUGAGGAGGCAGUAGUGGCUGGCCCCAAGACCCCUCCACUUACCCCUCCCCCUACAAAAGACCUGCCAUCAAGUACCACUGAACUCCCUAUACCAGAAGAGAGUCUUUUCCCUAGUGUACUUGCCCCAAGCCCAACCCCUAAGGCAGAGGUUGUUUCCAAUGGCCAUGAGCUGGAGUCUCCAGAGUGUGUUGAGGAGACCACACCAAUACCACCUAGUGAUGAAGAGUUAACUCUAGCUCUAAGUGAGGACAAUGACCUUGGGUCCCCAUUUCCUAGAGUCCCUGAAGAGCUUUUCCAGGAACUACCAGAUAUUCAACAGCCAGUGGAGGUUCGAAUCCCAUUACCUAGCCCUGAGAAGCUCCAAGGUCCUGCUCCAUCAGAGGUAACGGGUCCAUCGGCUUCUUCUUCAGCCGCUUCUUCUCCCGAGAGUCCUUCGCCAGCUCGUCCUCCAAGACGGCGCACCAGUGCUGAUGUGGAAAUUCGGGGACAAGGGACAGGACGGACUGGGCAGCCCCCAGGUCCCAAGGUACUGAGAAAGCUGCCUGGUAGGCUGGUCACAGUGGUGGAGGAAAAGGAGCUUGUGCGAAGGCGACGACAGCAGCGUCCAGCUUCAACACCGCCAGCAACAGGGGCCUCAGAGAUUGGGGUCAGCCCUGGAAGCUCUUCAACCCGGAGCAACUCUGAGCCCGAGUCUUCCCCUCCUCUGGGAGGCUCCUGUGAUUCUCUGUCCCUUUCUACUCUGCCUCCCCAAGCUCGGCGACCUUUGCCUGCUCGCCGCCGCAUUGACCUGAGCAGUUCUGGUGGGGACAGCCCAGAGAACGGAGAGCAAGGACAGCUAGUCACAGGUCUACCUGUCUUGAAGCGCAAACGUGGCCGACCACCUAAGAACAGGUCCCCUGGGGAUGCAGGGCGUGAGCUACAUGAGUUGCUCCAACCUGUACCUAAGGACAAGGCCAAUGGAGCUGAGUUAGUGGCAUCACCUGUGGAAAAACGAAGGCGGGGGCGGCCCCCCAAGGCAAAAGAACCACCUACCCCAGGAGCCCUACCCACUCAGGGAGGUGGUGGCACUGAGAGCCGGACACCGCCACCCCCCUUGCCAUCUCCACCUCCCCCUUCCCUUCCUCUUCCCCUUCCCCUUUCCCCUCCUCCUCCCCCUUCUCCUCCUCCUGUCCCUGCCUGUCCUACAGCUGUCUCACCUUCCCCACCCAAACGGAAAAGGGGCCGACCCCCCAAAAACCCUCCAUCGCCCCGGCCUAGCCAGCCACCAGCUUUUGAGCAUGACAGUUCCUUAGGUCUUGAAGCUGGUGGAGGGGGGAAACAACAGCAGAAGCCUUCUGUUGAAAGUGAGGGUAGCUCCUCUGAUGAGGAUGGGGGUCGUCCUCUUACUCGCCUAGCUCGCCUCCGUUUAGAAGCAGAGGGACCCCGGGUUCGGAAGGCAGAGGGAUCUGUGGCAGCCAUCCCUAACAGAGAUGAUACAGAGUCAGCAGAAAGUGGCACUGGUGGCACUGAUUCAACAACACCCCCUGUACCACUGCUCCCAGUUCCUCGUUCAACCCGACUACGUCCGGGCUCCCUAGUCCCCCCACUGGAGAGUGAGAAGGUGCCCCGAAAACGGUCAGGGAUGCCAGCCAUUGGUGGCCCUGUCCCAGCCAAGAGGAGGUACCCACGACCUCGAAGCCCUUUGGGGGCUGAGAUGUCAACAGAGGAGUCAGAGGCUGAGGCCUCAGGCGAGGAAGAAGCUGAGAGUGAUGGUGUCCCACGCCGUCGGCCUCUGUCCCGACGUCCAGUUGUGGCCACCUCUGGGGACCAACGUGUCCUGCGAAGCAGUGCCCCUAUGAAUACAGUUGGCCCUUCCCUCAGCCACAGAGGCCGAAAGGCUAAGACGUGACCAGGCC